CCCUCUCGUGUUCUUUAGUUUACAUCUGUCUAAACAAUUAUGUCCCCAGGAAUUUUCUCUCUUGCAUCCUAUGUUGAUCGAUGUUGACCAUUCAUCACAAACCAUGACCUUAUAUAAACUUCCAAGAAUCAUCUCCUGCGGUCAACAAUCAUCUGCAUUUACUAAUUACUUCUUCCAAAUUUCUUGGUUCCAUUAGUUUCACUUUCUUUCUACCAAUUCAGAGGCCAUUAUCAAUCUCCUAGCUAGAUUAGUCGUAACAUAGCUGCAAUGAAGUUUUCUGGCCUACUUCUGAGGCAGCUUCAACAGCAUGUUUUGCCAUCAUCAAAAUUUGGCAAUAUCGUGUCUGAAGCCUCUAAGAUUUCAGGGGUUAGAGGAAUCGGAAUCAGCAUCUGGAAUCCAAUCCCAGGGGCUCGGAAUUGGAGUUCUAUGGCUCCAAAUGUAGGGAAAGAAGAGAAGACGUCGACAGCUCCAACCGGGGCAGUUGACAGUUCUGAAGGUCAAGCUGAUCAUAAGGCAGUAGUAAGCUACUGGGGAGUGGCUCCUCCUAAUAUCACCAAGGAAGAUGGAUCACCUUGGAUGUGGAAUUGUUUCAGGCCAUGGGAGACUUACAAAGCAGACACAUCAAUUGAUGUCAAGAAACAUCACGAGGCUACCACGUUGAAUGAUAAAUUAGCUUAUUGGAUUGUGCAAGCUCUCAAGUAUCCAACCCACUUGUUCUUUCAGAGACGUCACAUGUGCCACGCAAUGUUACUAGAAACUGUUGCAGCUGUGCCAGGCAUGGUUGGAGGGAUGCUGUUGCACCUCAGAUCCCUGCGCCGAUUCGAGCACAGUGGAGGAUGGAUCAAGGCAUUACUAGAAGAAGCUGAGAAUGAAAGGAUGCAUCUAAUGACAUUUCUUGAAUUAUCACAGCCAAAAUGGUAUGAAAGAGCACUAGUUUUUGCAGUGCAGGGUGUGUUCUUCAAUGGCUACUUUCUUGCAUAUUUGGCCUCCCCAAAACUUGCUCAUCGCAUAACGGGAUAUCUUGAAGAAGAGGCAGUGAAUUCCUACACUGAAUUUCUGAUAGAUUUGGAAAAAGGUUUGUUUGAAAACAAACCUGCACCAGCCAUUGCAAUUGAUUAUUGGCGUCUGCCACCUGAUUCAACGCUCAAAGAUGUUGUCACAGUUAUAAGGGCUGAUGAGGCACAUCACAGAGACAUUAACCACUUCGCAUCCGAUAUUCAGUACCAGGGACAUGAGUUGAAGGAUUUUUCAGCUCCAAUUGGAUAUCACUGAAGCUACAGACUCUCUCUCUGGUUCAUGCAUCUAAUACCUAAUGAGAUUUCAUUGGUGAAUUUGAAUGAAACUAAAAGAUAAAAUAUUUUAUGUUCUCAUUAAUUAGUGCCAUGUUGUAAUUAUAAUUGUUACUUUUUCUUGGCUCUUUUGUUGUUGUAUUAUGCUAUUUAUACAGUAAUAUAUGUAAAUUUUUUUCAAGAAAUUCUUCUGUUCCUAAACGGU